UAUAUGCAUACAUUCACUUAUAUGUUUUAAGAAGCACCAGAAUGAGAGGAGGCAAUAAAGAUCAGUCAAAUUCAAGCGACAGGUCAUUAUCAAAUCAUACUAUAUCAUCUCCCCAAUCUAAGCCUGGAAACAUCCAAUCCAUAAUUUAUGGUGCUCAACAUCCACCCUUAGCCCAUUUAUUAAACAACCUAGAUUCUCAACAACCUCUUAAGCAUAAACAUGGAUCCUUAAAAAAUAGAUUUAAUGACUUUCAAAAAUCAAUUGAUGAUGCUUGGGAUAUUGUUGACAUAAAUGAGUGUUUAGAUACUGAAAAAUAUAAUAUAAAAUCAAACAUAAAUUAUGUGUAUGAUGAUGGCACAAAUUUCUUAUCACACACCCAUAUGAAUAUAAAUCAUAAAAAUAAUGAUAACACCAUAUUACUAGGUUGCCAUACAUUGGGGCAAAAGUUAGAUAUUGAAACCAAGAUUGAAGGGCCAGUUCUAUAUCCCUCCUUACACAAUUUAAGUAUUCAGCCUAAUAAUGAUGAUAAAAAUUAUAACAAUGACAAUUUUAUAAAAAUAAACAAAGUUGAUAAAAAGCAUUCAUCGAAUUUGCCAGCUCCUACAUCCCAUAGACAUGCUGGUCCCGGCUUGGGUAAAAGAUUGAAUGCCGAAAAAAAUUAUGAUUACAUUUCUGAUUACACAACAAAUAUCAGUAAUUUGAGGAUUAGUGAAGACAAAAACCUUUAUAGAACCGCUUCACAAUUUUUGGCCUCUGAACAAGAAUCGAUUAAAAUGGAGAAAUUCUCUAAGCUUAUGAGUUCAGAAAACUUGGAUAUAGAUGAGUUGAUAAAAUUGAGUUGGUCUGGAAUUCAUCCAAAAUACCGCCCUUUAACCUGGAAGAUUUUAUCGCAUUAUAUACCUACAUGCGUUGGACGGAGGAAAGAAACGCUCGACCGGAAGAGGAAAGAAUAUUUUGCUUUCGUCGUGAAAUAUUAUCCAUCCCGCUUCGAGGAAAUACACAAAGAUAUGUAUAGACAAAUACAUAUUGACAUUCCGAGAAUGAAUCCACUUAUCGACCUUUUUCAACAACCAACCGUUCAAGAUAUGUUCGAAAGGAUAUUGUAUAUAUGGGCCAUGAGACAUCCAGCUAGCGGAUACGUGCAAGGGAUCAACGAUUUAGUCACGCCAUUUUUCGUCGUUUUUCUUUCCGAAUACGUCCCUUCCGGUACGAGUAUCGAUAAUUUCGUGAUCGACAAGCUGUCCCAAGAUAUUUUGAAAGAUUUGGAAUCCGAUAGUUUUUGGUGCGUUUCCAAUCUGCUAGACGGAAUCCAAGAUAAUUACACUUUUGCUCAACCUGGAAUUCAAGAAAAAGUUAACGUUCUCAAGCAUUUGGUAUCCAGAAUAAAUGUGCCUUUAUAUAAUCAUUUACGGGAAAAUGAGGUCGAAUACCUCCAAUUUGCUUUUCGCUGGAUGAACAAUCUGUUGAUGCGAGAAAUACCUCUAAAAUGUACCAUCCGAUUAUGGGAUACUUAUCUGUCAGAAACUAACGGGUUUUCUCAUUUUCAUCUUUACGUUUGCGUUGCUUUCUUGAACGAUUGGUCCGACCGUAUACUAAGGGAAAAAGAUUUUCAGGGCAUAAUGCUAUUGGUUCAAAAUCUUCCCACCAAAAAUUGGAGCGAAAAGGAAAUAGGCAUGAUUCUAGCCGAAGCUUACAAGCUUAAAUAUAUUUUCGCCGAUUCCCCUAGGCAUCUAUUCCCCACUCAACCUAUCAAUCAUGAGUAUUAUAACAAAGAAGACAAGGAUAAAAAUUCUGACGCUAUAUGCUAAUGAUAAUAUAAAUAAACAGAAAUACUUGUAGAAUAUAAUAUAACGGUUGAAGAAUAAACAAAUAAUUUUAUUUAUUUUAAAAAAAAACAGAUGUCCCAUCCUUCUUCUUUUUAAAUAUAUAUUUAAUAUUUUUACGUAUAUUUUUAAAUAUAAACGAAAGGU